GCGCACAGAGAGCAGGAUGUCUCAAUGAGGAACGCAAUUCACAGCUCAAACUGAAAGAACCUAAACAGGAGUAACAUAGAGGAGAAUUAGGACUCUCUGAGAAUUCCUUUGGACAACAACAACAAAAGACUACUUGGACCAUGGAGGAUGAAAUGACAUUUUAGAAGAAGCCCUUCUCUCUUUUUUUUUUUGUCUUUGUGUGGUGAUUUCGAGCGAGAGGGUCCCCCAAGAUGGCCUCACAGAACCGGGGUCAGAAGAAAACAUAUGUGUCCACUUUCAGCAUGGACCUGAAGCCUUCUCGCUCACCACAGGUGGUGACCGUGCAUGUGGGCCAAAGGUUAGAGAACGGAGUGGAGAAAAGCACAUUUCUUCUGGACUACGAACAGUCCAAAUCCACUACAGAUUCAAAACCUGAGCGUGCAGCUGAAACACAUCAAACCAAGCUCCACAGACAGCCGCAGCCAGAGGUCAAACACUCUUUCAGCAGCAAGCUGGCGGCAUCUUCAAAGAAGAGUCCGACCAGGGAAGAGAAGAAGAGAGUCGUUAGUCCCAAGAAGAGAACCAGUGUCAGCACAGACCCAGCAGUGAAGUUCGAGGAGGCACCAGAGCACGUGGAGGUGCGCGUGGGCGAGACGGCUCAGCUCUCCUGCUCCUACAACUCCCCAGAGCCUGUAGCCUCCUGCUGGAUCCACAACAAAGACCAGGCUGUGGUGAGCGAGGAUCGCUCCAGAGUGAAGAGUCAACAGCAGAGCAGCAGUCUGCAGAUCUCGGAUGUCAGGCCAGAGGACGCAGGAAGUUACACGCUCUUCGUGAGAAACCGGAGAGGCUCCACACAGCACACCAUCCAGCUCAGUGUCGUAGACCGACCCCAUCCACCAGCCUCCAGCCCCUACGUCUCCCAGCUGACCUCCAGGUCUCUGGUGCUCUCCUGGUCAGGCCCGUGCUACGACGGCGGCUCGGCUGUGACCGGCUACGUGGUCGAGCUGAGGCAGGUAGGCCCUGGGGAGCCAGGGGACUGGACCGAGCUGACGAGCCGGUGUCAGAACACUUGCUACCGGGUGCGUUCGGGCCUUGACCCUUCCGGGGAGUACCGCUUCCGUGUGAGGGCCUUCAACUCCGUGGGCGUCAGUGACCCCAGUGAGGAAUCCGACUCCAUCAGGAUGGAAACACAAGAUUGUCCACAAGAGGAGUCUUAUGUGGAUGUGGUCAUUGACACCAAGCACACUGUGAAGGAUCACUACAGUGUUCAUGAGCGACUAGGAGUAGGGAAGUUUGGGCAGGUGUUCCGGCUUGUGCACAAAGAGACAGGCCGGGUAAAUGCCGGAAAGUUCUACCGAGGACGUGGGUCCAGAGAGAAAGCAGCGGCCCGGAAGGAAAUUGCACUGAUGAACGAGCUGCACCAUCCGAAACUCGUGCAGUGCCUGGGAGCUUAUGACAGCCGCUCUGAGAUCGUCAUGGUCAUGGACUAUAUUGCGGGUGGAGAGCUGUUUGAGCGCAUCAUGGAUGACAGCUUUGAGUACACUGAGCCCACCAGCGUGCGCUACAUGCAGCAGAUCCUGGAGGGCAUCCAGUACGUCCAUCAGAAGAACAUUGUUCACCUGGACCUCAAACCCGAGAACAUUGUAUGCGUCAACACCACUGGCACACUCGUAAAGAUCAUUGACUUUGGGCUCGCCAGCAAACUGGACCCACACAACCCACUGAUGGUGAUGCACGGAACCCCCGAGUUUGUGGCGCCAGAAGUGAUCGGCUAUGAGCCUGUGGGUCUGGCCACAGACAUGUGGAGCAUUGGAGUCAUCUGCUAUAUCUUGCUGAGUGGAGAGUCUCCGUUCCAGGGGAACAGUGAUGCCGAGACACUGGCCCUGGUGACCGCAGCCCGCUGGGAGUUUGACCCCGAGAGCUUCGAGGACAUCACAAACGAGGCGAAAGACUUCAUUCGCUCGCUGCUCAAAAAGGACCAGAGAGAGAGAAUAUCUUGUGAAGAAGCGCUGGCUCACCCCUGGAUGGCGUCUUUCUCUACACCGGAGCCACGUGCAACCAAAUCCCUCAACAAGGGCAAGAUGAGAAGAUUCCUGGCUAAACAAAAAUGGAAGAAAGCUGGGAAGGCGGUGCUUGCAUUGCAGAGGAUGACCCUCCUUUCCAGUAAAUCAGAUGGACCAGACUCUCCAAACUCAUCCUCUGAUGAGCUGGUCCUGAGUCCACAGGCAGAGAAGGCCGUCCAGUCCCUGGACAAGGACCUGAGGAGCGAGCCACGCUUCCACAGCACCCUGCGCGACAUGACCCAGCCCCGCGGCGCCACGGUCCGCCUUGUGUGCCACAUCCAAGGGUACCCUGAUCCGGAGGUGCUGUGGUUGCAGAAUGAAGACCCGGUGGAGGAAAACGAUCGGGCCCAGAUCACAUACGAGGAGGACGGCACCUGCGCCCUCAUUCUGUCGGACGUGGAGCCGCAGGACUCUGGGGUCUACAAGUGUCGUGCAAGCAACAGCCUUGGGGAGGCGCUGUGCUCAGCUCGCCUCACGGUGGAGAUGUAGUAGAGGCCUGCAUGUGUGAGAAGAGCUCCUGGAGAUGAGAACUGCUGAUAAACUCCCCCCCCAGCAAAGCAUCAUCAUGACUAAAAUCAGUCCUCACACAGUUCAGGUUGUGGUUUAAAGUGGACCUGAUGGAAGAGACACCAUGAGUUGGAGUACAGUUUUUUUUUUUUUUGGUUUGUUAACUGUAAGACUGGGGAUACGGCCUUAUACAUGGGUUAAAUCCCAUCACCACAUGUUGCAUUAGGAUUUGGUGUUAGAUGAAGUUGCACGUCGCACCAACACAAUGAGUUAUUUGAUGUCCACGUUUCCACAUGUCUCCCAGCUUCAAGGCACAUUCAUGGUUUCACAGUUACUGUUACAAAUUGUCACAACUACAGAUGCACCGGGAGCACUUAAAUGAUCUAUUUUUAUAUAAAUGAAUGAUCUUUGUAUGUUCAGCAAUAGUAUAUUUUCAAUAUUUGAGUAGACUACAUUUAUAAACUUAACUGCAGUGUUUUUAUACGAAGUCUUACAAGUGCACUUCUGCAUAUUUAAACGGAACCAAUAAAGAGCAGAACAUUUCAAAUAGAA